GGCGCUGAGGGCGCCGCCAUUUUGCCGCGUCCCUCGAGAUGAGCUGAGGGUAUGGCUGUGUCUCCAUCCUGACGCCGAUUCUGCCAUCUGUUCCACGCCACAACUGUUUUGCGCUGAUUUGGCCCAGGCCUGGCAGGUGGGGAGCGGCAGAGGGACUGCAGCCGCCAUGCAGCCCCCCCCGUGCCCCCCCCUGCGCCCCGCGCUGCUCCCGGGGCUGCUGCUGCUCUGGGCCGCCGCACAGGUGUCACCCGGCGUCGUCACGGCAACCAGAGGGCGCGCGCAGGAGGUGCAGGCGGAGAACGUGACGGUGCUGGAGGGCGGCACGGCCGAGAUCUCCUGCCACCUCCACCGCUAUGACGGCUCCAUCGUCGUCAUCCAGAACCCGGCCCGGCAGACGCUCUUCUUCAACGGCACCCGCGCGCUGAAGGACGAGCGGUUCCAGCUGGUGGAGUUCAGCCGUCGGCGGCUGCGGCUGCGCCUGAGCGGCGCUCGGCUCGAGGACGAGGGCGGCUACUUCUGCCAACUCUACGCCGACAGCACCCACCACCAGAUCGCCACCCUCACCGUGCUCGUGCCGCCGGCGGAGCCGCAGGUUCAGGCCGUGGGGGUGGCGGUGGAGGGGGGGGAGGUGGAGCUGAGCUGCCUCGUGCCGCGCGCCCGACCCCCCGCCACCCUGCGCUGGUACCGCGACCGCCGCGAGCUGCCAGGCUCUUCCAGCCGGGAGCAGCUGGGGAAGGUUUUCCGCCAGCGCAGUGUCCUGCGUCUGCGCGUCGAGCGCCGCGACGACGGCGCCAUUGUCACCUGCGAAGCCACUCACCCCGCGCUGGAGCGGGGACAGCGGCGGCAGGGACAGCACCGCCUGGACGUGCAGUACCCCCCCACGGCACGAAUCCAACCCUCGCAGAGCGUCCUGCGCGAAGGGGACACCUUAGUGCUGACCUGCGCCGUGCACGGGAACCCCCAGCCCGAGGUUCUGUGGAGCCGCGGGAACGAGUCCCUGCCGGCGCGGGCGCGGGCGCAGGGGCGGGAGCUGACGCUGCCGGCGCUCGGCCCUCAGGACAACGGCACCUACAGCUGCCAGGCCGGCAACGCCCACGGCCGCGCCGCCGCGCACUACCGCCUCGUCGUCUACGACCCCGGGGCGGUGGUGGCGGCGCAGCGGGCGGUGCCGUUCGCGGUGGUCGGGGGGAUCCUGGCGCUGCUCGUGUUCCUGCUGCUCUGCCUGCUCGCCACCAUGGUCUGGUGCUCCAUCCGCCAGAAGGGGUCGUACCUGACGCACGAGGCGAGCGGUCUGGAGGAGCACGGGGAGGCGCGGGAGGCCUUCCUGGGGGGGGACGGGGGCAAACGCAAGGAGGAGUUCUUCAUCUGAGGGGGGCGACGACCG